AUGCAGCUUAUUCCGAAGGAGCUUGACAAGCUCACCAUCGCCCACCUAGGCUUCUUGGCACAGCGUCGUUUAGCACGUGGAGUGCGGCUCAACCAUGCAGAAGCUGUGGCCCUGAUAUCCUCAGUGCUACACGAGUUAAUCCGCGAUGGCCACUACUCCGUCGCCGAUCUUAUGUCCAUCGGCAAAACAAUGCUCGGCCGCCGCCACGUCCUCCCCCUCCGUACUAGCAACCCUCUGCACCACCCGAUCAGUAGCGACGAAGGCGAUCUCACGCGCGCCCUGUAUGGAAGUUUCCUGCCCGUCCCCGCGCCCGAGGCAUUCCCAGACCCGGACCCGCAAGAUUUCAUGCCCGAGAAGAUGCCCGGCGCGGUUAUUCCUGCCAAACAUGCGCGCGUGGAAUUGAGUGUUGGGAAGAGGCGGAUUAGGCUCAAGGUUAUGAGCAAAGGAGAUCGGCCGAUUCAGGUCGGAUCGCAUUACCAUUUCAUCGAGACGAACCCGCAGCUGCACUUCGAUCGCUUGCAGUCGUACGGUUUCCGACUGGAUAUCCCCGCAGGAACAUCGAUCAGAUUCGAGCCCGGUGAUACGAAGACGGUUACGCUCGUUGAGAUCGGUGGAAAUCGCAUCAUUCGUGGUGGAAAUUGGCUGGCGAAUGGGCCGGUGGAUAUGAGUCGUGCCGAUGAGAUCAUGUCCAAGCUGCAGGUAGCUGGGUUUGCGCAUGUGCCGGAGCCGCAGGCGGAUAGUGCUCUUAUUUCUGGGUUCUCCAUGGAGCGCGAGGCGUACUCGCGCAUGUUCGGUCCUACGACGGGAGAUCUGGUGCGGCUUGGGUUGACGGAUUUGUGGAUUAAGGUUGAGAAGGACAUGACGAAUUACGGCGACGAGUGUGCUUUUGGCGGAGGAAAGACGCUGCGCGAGGGUAUGGGACAGGCGUCUGAUCGGUCUCAUACCGAGUGUGUUGAUACCGUUAUCACGAAUGCGUUGAUUAUCGAUUGGACUGGUAUCUACAAGGCGGAUAUUGGUAUCAAGGAUGGUCUUAUUGCUGGUAUUGGCAAGGCUGGAAACCCGGAUGUUAUGGAUGGCGUGCAUCCUGACCUGGUGGUGGGCUCGUCUACGGAUGUCAUUGCUGGAGAGAACAAGAUUGUUACCGCUGGUGGUAUUGACACGCAUAUCCACUUGAUCUGCCCGCAACAGGUGGAUGAAGCUCUGGCCUCGGGAAUCACCACUUUCCUCGGCGGUGGUACUGGUCCUACUACUGGAUCAAACGCGACGACAUGUACACCGUCGCCGAACCUCCUGCGCCAGAUGAUGCAAGCAUGCGACAGUCUACCGAUAAACCUCGGCAUUACCGGCAAGGGCAACGACUGCGGAAAGAAGAGUCUCAGAGAGCAGAUCCUAGCAGGUGCAGCAGGUCUGAAGCUCCACGAAGACUGGGGCUCCACCCCAGCAGCAAUCGACAACUGUCUCGAAGUUUGUGAUGAAUACGACGUACAGUGCAUGAUCCACACAGACACACUGAACGAAUCCGGCUUCGUCGAACAGUCCAUUGGAGCCUUCAAAGGCCGCACAAUCCACACUUACCACACCGAAGGCGCAGGCGGCGGCCACGCCCCAGACAUCAUCUCCGUCGUCGAACACCCUAACGUCCUCCCCAGCAGCACAAACCCAACCCGUCCCUUCACCCUCAACACCCUUGACGAACACCUCGACAUGCUAAUGGUCUGCCACCACCUAUCGAAGAACAUCCCGGAGGACGUAGCCUUUGCGGAAAGCCGCAUCCGCGCCGAAACCAUCGCUGCCGAAGACGUCCUCCACGACCUCGGCGCUAUCAGCAUGAUGUCUUCGGACUCACAAGCAAUGGGCCGUUGCGGCGAAGUCAUCCUCCGCACCUGGCACACAGCGCACAAGAACAAGACACAGCGCGGACCUCUCGGCACCGAUGCUGACAGCGGCGCAGACAAUUUCCGCGUGAAGCGAUACAUCAGCAAGUACACGAUCAACCCCGCUCUCGCACAAGGAAUGGCGCACGUCAUCGGAUCCGUGGAGGUGGGCAAGGUCGCCGAUCUGGUAAUGUGGAAGCCGGCGACAUUCGGCACGAAACCCAUCUCUGUCCUGAAGAGCGGAAUGAUUGUUACAGCGGAAGUUGGAGAUCCAAAUGCAUCGAUCCCGACUGUCGAGCCGAUGAUUACGCGGCCGAUGUUCGCUGCACGCGUCCCGGCUAUGUCUAUUAUGUUUGUUUCGCAGGCUUCUAUUGAUGCGGGUGUUGUGCAGACAUACGGAUUGAAGAAGCGGAUUGAGGCCGUGAAGGAUUGUCGUUCCGUUGGGAAGAAGGAUAUGAAGUUUAAUGAUGUUAUGCCGAAGAUGAAGGUUGAUCCGGAGAGUUAUACUGUCGAGGCCGAUGGGAUGCUUUGUGAUGCAGAGCCGGCUUCGGAAUUGCCUUUGACGCAGGCGUAUUAUAUCUUCUGA